AGGCUCUACAGCAGAGCAACCACGAAGGCAACAGCGCCCUACACCUGGCCGUGCGAGAGGGACAUUCCGAAUGUAUCCACCGCUUGCUGCGUGCACGCGCAGAUCCAUCGGCGACGAAUGCCCAAGGCUUCACGGCGUUCGACUUCACAAGGAGCCAAAAGUUUACGGAGUCAUUGUUGCAGCAAAGUCAGCUGUCUCAGAGCGCUUUCUUUGAGGUCGUCAAGGAGGCAAGAUCUGAGUUGAGGACGUCCCUGGGCGAGGAUUCCCUUCCUGGAUCCCAUGAUCCAUUCCAGUUUCAAGGGGCUGAACCGUCCUCAAGAGGUCCGCUUCUGACGACGCCUCCGCGGGAAGUCACGCCCCAAGCCACGCCGCGGCCUUCGGCGUCGUCCCCGACAGUGACGGUGCGCAGCGUGCGCAGCGGUGUCAGCGGCGUGUUGGACGUGCCUGUGCUCACGGCUCCGGAAAGUGCUUUGGACGAGCUGUUGGCCGAGGCCUCCCGUGGUGGCGCCUUGCGGUUCUCUCACGUGUCGCAUCCGGCUGCAAGCGUACUCACCGAGGGGACCAGCAGAUCCAGUCCGUCUCGCAGUCCACUGGCUCGACAAGCUGCGCUGCAACCAGGUACCCGAUCGGUGAAGAUCACAGGUCUGGCUUCCUUGGUGGCGGUGGCAUCUCCUGGGGCCCUACGCCGUCUGGCAGCGGGCGCGGCUCGCCGGCCAGGGCGGAGUGUCAUGGGCUCUGCGGUGUCAUCGGAUUCGGAGAAGGACUACAAGCUGAGCUCCUUCCGCAUCGUGGGGCUCAUCGGCGAAGGCAGCUUUGGGAGUGUCUACGAGGCCUGUGACCUAAGACCAGGUGCUGGGGAGCGUCGAUGUGCCCUGAAGAUUUUGCACCGACGUCAAUACUUGGCGCAGGAUAUGCUGGCGCGCGCCAAGCAAGAGCGUCAGGUCUUAAAAGCGGCCCGCCAUCCCUUUAUCGUGCGAUUGCUGUGUGCAUUCAGAACGCCGGGCAACGAGAUGGCUUUGGUGAUGGAGUACUGUUGUAAUGGGAAUCUCAACGAUCUGCUGCUGCGCUGCGGUCGGCCCGGGCUUGGCGAGGGGUUGGUGCGCCGGCUGCUGGCGGAGGUGCUACUGGCACUGGCGUAUUUGCAUGAUGAGUUGGACGUGGUAUUCCGGGAUGUGAAACCCGAGAACAUCGUCUUGGAUGCCAACAUGCAUGCGAAGUUGACGGAUUUCGGUUUGGCAAAGGUUGAGGCGAGCAGGGGUGCUGGAGCUUGUAGUUUCGUGGGCUCGAUGUAUUUCGUCGCUCCUGAGGUCACUCCCGCGGCCUGUCGCUAUAGCCCCGCUGUGGACAUCUACGCCUUGGGAUUGGUUGCCUGGGUCUGUCUCACUGGCGGCCGGCAGCCUGAAAUGGUCCAGGGAUCCAAAGACGGUCCGAGCCAGCGUCUGCCGCCAGCGACACAUGAGGCCUUGAGGAGUUGGUUGGAGCAAUGGAGGCCUCCAAAUCCACCCGCCGGUAGCUGCAGGCAACUGUCGGAGUUGGCGUUCUCCUUCAUCGAUGUGACGACCUCCAGUGAACCCUUGCAACGGGGAACGGCCAGUCAAUUGCGCAGCCAUCCCUUCUUCACGGAAUCACGCUUCAGCCCACCUUUGAGCGAGCCCAACGACUGGGUGGCCCUCCUUCCCAGCAUGGAGGAUGAGCCCACCACGCCCGGCAGCGUCGCCACACAGG